ACCACCUUUUGUCCAUCAUUAGCCUUACCAACCUUAGGCAUCCAUCUUCACCGCUCUCCAUUCUUCCAUGGAGGAGCGGUCCCAAUCUGAAAAAAGCGAUGGAUUUCCCCAAAACCAAAUUACAACAAAUAAUAAUUCCCCCACACAUAACGAUAUUAGCCACUAUGAACCUUUAGCUAUAUCAGUUUGUACUACCCUAUUUCCUUUCGCUUCAGGAACUUACGUUGUUCAAGUCCCAAAAGAUCAAAUCUAUCGCAUUCCACCACCUGAAAAUGCUCUAAUCGUUGAAAGCCACCGAAAUCAGAACCGAAAACCUCGACGUUCUUGUUGUUAUUCUCGUCGUUGUUUAUGCAUAGUUGUAAUGUUAGUUGUUAUUGGAAGUAUUAUUGGAUUGAUAAUAGGUCCUACCAAAUUAUUUACCAAGCAUGAUGAUCCACAAUUUAGUGUGAAACAAGUCUUACUCAAGAAAUUACAACUUCAGCAUAAACGUCCUCAAUAUGAAUAUGACAUUACAAUUGAAGCCAAGAAUCCGAAUCAAAGGUCAAGAAUUUUAUAUUAUGAAGAGGAAGGUGGUGUUUCUUUGUAUUUUAAGCAGAAAAAAAUUGCUCAAGGGAAUUUUCCUAAUUUAGACCAAAAUCCCAAGAGGUCGACAGAUUUUAAGGUUAUUCUUCAUAACGGGGAAAUAGAUCAAUUGCCUAAGGAAGUUGAAAAGAACAUGAAUAGCACGAAUUCAAAUCAACAUUUAUCUUUGUCUCUAUCCAUGGAUGUGCCUAUCAAAUUUAAAGUUUGGGGGAUAAGUUCCAAGCGUAGGAAUAUUGAGUUGUCUUGCAGUUUAACUGUGAAUACAUUGACGAAACUUAGUCAUGUAAACAACCAAAAAUGUCUUAGCAAGUCGUAGCUAGUUGUCUAGCUUUAUGGUAAAUUCUUGAGUCUUAGCUUGUCUCAGGUGAAAAUUCUAUUUAUAUAGCAAAAGUUUCCUUUUUCUUUUUGGGGUCCUCUUUGUAUUAGCUUGUAACUUUUAUGUGUGCAUUUUUCUUUGUCUAGCUUUGUUUAGUCUAUUACAUUUGGAAAAUUAAAAUAAGUUUACUAUUACCAUGGUUGAAUUACAAUUGAAGCAAAAGUACAUA